AUGACGAUCGCCGGCGACGACGACUUCUUCCUGGUGCAGCUGGUGCCGAGGGACGUCUCGGACGGGCUCCUCGGCAAGUUCGCGGACACCAGCGCGUUCGACUUCGACUACGACCGCAGCGGGCUCUGGUCGCCGCUCGUGCUGCGCCCCGAGGUCAUGCUGCUCGCGCAGUCCCCGGCGGCCGGGCGCCGGGGCCGACGGCCGCGACGGCGGUGGCGCCGGAAGCGGAGGAAGGUGCUCAGCGGCUGCUGCCGAUGGUGGGGACGUGCAAUGCUGCCUACGGACGAAACAUCUGAAUAA